UUAGAAGAAUCCUUGUGGUCUUCCUGAUUUCCUCAUCCGUUCAUUUGGUCCCCGUGCUAAUCGUCUGCCAUGUUGAAGUUAAAGUGCUCGGAGUCGGUCAGAGUCGUCGUACGAUGUCGGCCAAUGAACAGCAAAGAGAAGGUGGCCUCCUAUGAACAAGUGGUGGAAGUGGACGUGAAAUUGGGGCAGGUCUCCGUGAAGAACCCAAAGGGAACAUCUCAUGAACUUCCAAAGACGUUCACCUUCGAUGCCGUUUAUGACUGGAGCUCCAAACAGUUUGAGCUUUACGACGAGACUUUCCGGCCGUUGGUGGACUCGGUUCUCCAAGGGUUCAACGGGACCAUUUUCGCUUACGGACAAACCGGGACGGGGAAAACGUACACCAUGGAAGGUGUGCGUGGAGACGCUGAGAAAAGAGGGGUCAUCCCCAACUCCUUUGACCACAUCUUCACCCACAUUUCCCGGUCUCAGAACCAGCAGUACCUGGUCAGGGCCUCCUACUUGGAGAUCUACCAAGAAGAAAUCAGAGACUUGCUCUCCAAGGACCAAUCCAAGAGGCUGGAGCUGAAGGAGAGGCCCGACACGGGGAUCUACGUCAAAGAUCUCUCGUCCUUCGUCACCAAGAGCGUGAAAGAAAUCGAACACGUCAUGAAUGUGGGGAACCAGAAUCGUUCGGUGGGCGCGACCAACAUGAAUGAGCACAGCUCCCGCUCCCAUGCCAUUUUCGUCAUCACCAUCGAAUGCAGUGAGGUUGGGCUCGAUGGGGAGAACCACAUACGGGUCGGGAAGUUGAACCUGGUGGAUCUCGCGGGCAGCGAGCGCCAGUCCAAGACCGGAGCCCAGGGGGAGAGGUUGAAAGAAGCCACCAAGAUCAACCUCUCCCUCUCUGCCUUGGGCAACGUCAUCUCUGCGCUUGUGGACGGCAAAAGUACCCACAUUCCCUAUAGGGACUCCAAGCUGACCCGGCUUCUCCAGGAUUCCUUAGGGGGAAACGCGAAGACUGUGAUGGUCGCCAACAUCGGCCCCGCCUCCUACAACGUGGAGGAGACCUUGACCACGCUGAGAUACGCCAACCGUGCCAAGAACAUCAAGAACAAGCCAAGGGUCAACGAAGACCCCAAAGAUGCUCUCCUGCGGGAAUUCCAAGAAGAAAUUGCUCGCCUGAAGGCCCAGCUGGAGAAAAGAUCCAUCGUCAAGAGGAAGAAGAAGGAGAGGAGGAGAGAUGGCGGCAUCGGCGAGGAGGAGGAGGAAGAGGAGGAGGAGGAGGAGGAAGAGGAUGGGGAAGAAGAGGAAGGGGCGGACAAAGAUGACUACUGGAAAGAGCAACAAGAGAAGCUGGAGAUCGAGAAGAAGGCCAUCCUGGAGGACCACAGCUUGGUGGCCGAGGACAAGAUGAGGCUGCUGAAGGAGAAGGAGAAGAAGAUGGAAGACCUGAAACGUGAGAAAGAAGCCGCUGAAAAGCUGGGAGCUAAAAUCAAGGCAAUGGAGAGCAAGCUCCUUGUCGGUGGGAAAAACAUUGUGGAUCACACCAACGAGCAGCAGAAAAUCCUGGAACAGAAACGGCAGGAGAUCGCUGAGCAGAAACGACGGGAACGAGAAAUCCAACAGCAAAUGGAAAGUCGGGAUGAAGAAACCUUGGAGCUGAAGGAGACCUACAGCUCCUUGCAGCAGGAAGUGGACAUCAAAACUAAGAAACUGAAAAAGCUGUUUUCUAAGCUGCAAGCUGUGAAGGCCGAAAUCCACGACCUGCAGGAGGAGCACAUCAAAGAGAGACAAGAACUGGAACAAACCCAGAACGAACUGACCCGGGAACUCAAGCUGAAGCACCUGAUCAUCGAGAACUUCAUUCCUUUGGAAGAGAAGAACAAGAUCAUGAAUAGAUCCUUCUUUGACGAGGAGGAGGACCAGUGGAAACUUCACCCCAUCACCCGACUGGAGAACCAACAGAUGAUGAGAAGGCCCGUGUCCGCUGUGGGGUACAAGAGACCCCUCAGUCAGCAUGCGAGGAUGUCCAUGAUGGUCCGUCCAGAAGCUCGGUACAGGGCAGAAAACAUUGUCCUUCUGGAACUGGAUAUGCCCAGUCGGACUACGCGGGAUUAUGAGGGCCCGGCCAUCGCCCCCAAAGUCCAGGCCGCUCUAGAAGCCGCGUUGCAGGAUGAAGAUGAGAUCCAAGUGGACGCGUCGACUUUCGAGAGUACGUCGAACAAGAAAUCUAAAUCUCGGCCUAAAACUGGAAGGAAGUCUGGCAGCUCGCCCUCCAGCGCCUCCAGCUCUCAGCUGUACCCCCAGUCUCGCGGGCUGGUCCCCAAGUAAGCCCGGUCGCUCCCGCUUGAGGGCACGGCUCCCAUUCGGCCGUCAGUGCAGAGGCACGCGAACAACCUGCAAAAAAGGGGAGGGGGAACACUUUUUAAAAGAGGCCGAAGUCCAGAAGGAGGGGCCCCUUUUUUUGACAAGGAAACAGCCACCUCCUUUCUGCACCUGGUGGGACAGGUCUACGAGGGCUGCUCUCUCGCCCGCGCAAAAGGAACGAUUUGCACCUCGGGAGGUGGGGCUGAAGGCGGAGGAGCCUUUCCUUAGGAAAUCAGAAAUGCAUGAGUUACAUUAGUGUGUGUUAGAAGCCAAGAGAAGCACGGGGUGGGUGGGUGUGUCCCCUUGCCUGCCCCCCCCCAAACCCCCGUGGUCCUCUCGCUUGUCUCUCGCCCUGGCGCGCUCUCAUCCCCGGAGCCGAGGGCAAAUCUCCCUGCAAUCACCUCGAUGACGCCUGAGAACAAGGUUGAGAAGUGACCAAGGGGAUUUAUUUUAUUUUAUUUUUUUGCUAGCCAUGGCUUGGUUGUUUCCCGCCCCCCUCCCCCCCCUUCCAUAGGUGAGGGUUGGGUUGGGAAAAAAAACACCUCCAAAUUGGGGGGGGCGGGAAAGAGGGCGAGAUCAAAAGACACUGCGAGAGCUUUCGGUACGUACGCAAAGGGAAAAGGUUUCGAAAUCUGCCCUUUGGGGGGGGGGGCGGCUUUAGAAGGUAGGAAAUUCACCAAUCCUUGGCUUGUUUACAAGGAGGGAUUUUUUAAAAAAGGUUCCAGGUGGGUCGGUUUCCUGGAGACCUCGACCACGAAGACCAGCAAGAGGCUACCUGGUCUAACAAUCGCCCGCACCUCAGCUCUUCCUCUCCUCGCCACCCCAUUCUCUGCAACCUGGGAGCGUUCGGGGACCGUCGCGUCCUUGUCUUCCGCUGUAGCUCACCUGACCUCGCUACUUGCCUCCGGUUUCCCUCCCUGGGAGAAAUUAAAAACUUCUGAAGGGAGGAGAGGAACUCCUCUCCUCUCAAUGGCGGAGGUUAAAUCAGAGCCAAGUUUGAGAGGGGCUCCCAAGGGGGCAAGGCUUCCCA